GCGGAGAAAUGGCGAAUAUUCCUGUGAAGAUGAUUGUACUAUUAACUCUAGUUGUUCUGGUGUCCCGUAUGAGUGAGGGAAGAGUUCUGAUUAAAUGUGAAAUGGAUUCAGAUGAAUCUCACGAGGAAUCAUCAAAAAUAGACAGAAGGAGCAUUGAUCUCAUUGACAGUGGUCAAUCUCGAAAGGAUUCAUCCAGUGAAAAUAACACAAGUUCUGAUGAUCACUCUGACAGCAGUCAAUCGCAAAAGGAUUCAUCAAGUAAAGACAAAACAAGUUCUAAUGAUCACUCCGACAGCAGUGAGUAA